UUAGCAGCCUGGAAGAGAAUUUCAAGUGACGUUUUGCAGACUAAAGGCUAUUUUAGCCCUUAUAUAGUUUAGAAACCAGUACGAUAGUGUGAUAUGUGCUAAGUUAUGCGUCUACCAGUUAAUUUCCGUGUUUUAUCUAAGAAAUUCUGCAACACGAGAUUAUACCAUGUCUUCGAGAGUUAAUUUUACAACUUAGAAACGGGGAUAUGCAGUUAACGUGUCUACAUAUCAUGGAAAAGAAACAUAAGAGUGACUGACUGAAGAUGGCCUGUGUUUCAUCCAAGAAAAGAGGGAGCACUGUGCGUCAGGAGAACGCCUGUCUGUCUGUGCACGAUGGUCCUUUUAUGUCGGACUUUGACACUACCUCCUCCCAAAGCCAGAGCCGUGUCACUGGUCCCCGUAACAGUGUGACAGUCAUGAGUGAGCACAUCCGUCACCUCGAGGCAGAACUGGUGGCUCAAGCCCAGCAUCUCAGGGAGGUGGAAAUGAGGGCAGACUGUAGCCAGGAGGAAGCAGCUCACAAUGAGAUGGUGGUUCUUUCUUUAACUGAAGAGGUCAACACUCUGAGAGAGGAGAUGGAGAACAAAACUGCACUUUGCAAAAGAGCGGAGCAGCAGAGGAAUCAAGCUCUUGAAAAUGCAGAGAAGCUCAAAGAAGCGUUCAGUCAAUACAAAGCCACAACCUCCAUUAAAUUCAAAAAGACAAUGGACAGUGAAAACAAACUUAAAGAAAACCUGAGCAUCUGUAACAUGGAGAAAGAGCAGCUGAACAUGAAGUGCUCUGUUUUAGAGAAAGAGGCUCAACAGCAGCAUCAGACCAUCAGUAUUCUGCAGGAGGAGAUGCGUGAGCUGAAGCGCUGUGCCACUGAGCGCUCCCUGUUACAGGCUCAGCUGGAGGAGGCCGGGAGGAGGGUCACUGUGAUGGAGAAACAGCUGAUGGAGCGGGUGGCGGACUGCAGGGAGGUAUCCACUCUGCACAGGGAGAUACAGGAUCUAAGGAAUCACAGCCAGAGCCAAGAGCA